AUGGAUACCUCGAAAGUCUCAAUCUUCAAGACGUACGAUAAACCUCGGGGUCAAGGAGGCGCGAGUUCAUUCGCGACCUUCAUGAUCAUCGGUCCUGUAUGCUUCUUCCUUGGGAUUCUCUUUUCCUCAUUCCCUUACGAUUACCCUCUUCUCUGGACCACCGAAAGUACUCCUGAUGCCUACUACACCUUCAUCGAAGAGCAUUUGAAAUUCAUGCAUGCUUCUCCACCCAUUAUUCCACGUAUCCUCCACAUUGUCGUCUCAGUCGGAUUCAUUGGACUCUUCAUUAAGCUUUUCAAGCCUUCAGAAGCUAAUCUUCUCUUCGACGGCGCAUCACUCGUUCUCUAUGUCGUAGGUGUCGUGGUUUACAUCACCAAUAUUGUCAAGGGUAUGCGCAUUGUGACACUCGGAUUAUAUGGCGAGGCUGGUGCGCCAGAAGGAGAAGCAGGCGUAGGAAGAGAGGAUAGUUUGAGGGUUUUGGCGGCCAGUAACACGAUUUUAGCUUUGGUCUUGGUGGGCGUGUUGGUUUUGCAAGCGGGCCAAUGGUAUGCGGAGCGUAAGGAUCAAGAUGAGGCGGAGAAGUUUGAAAAGGAAGAGCAGGAGAAGAAGGAAUUGGACAAGAAGCAGAGGAGCGGAAGUGGGCACGUAACGAGAUCGGUUUCGAAGAAGAGACAGUGA